AUGGACACCACCGACCCACGGGUGGGCUCUGCCCGCGAUAACUCAACAGCGACAGGAGUCUCCCGUAUCGGUGCUGGGACCAAUUCAUCCUCCGCCAGCAGCCUCGUCGCGACUCUUGUCCCUGUUCUCAUCUUUGCGACCCUGUGCAUAAUCAUUUUCAUAAUACUACGACGGAAAUGUCCACGGGUAUAUGCUCCAAGGACGCUGCUCAAGAGUUUAGAGCCUCAUGAAAGAAGUCCGCCGCUUCCCACAGGAUGGUUUAAUUGGUUCAUCAGCUUUUAUCGCAUCCCCUCGGUGUUUGUCCUCAAUCACUCAUCUCUCGAUGGUUACCUCUUACUCCGAUUUCUUCGCGUCUUGGGGGUGAUAUGCCUUGUUGGGAUUGGGCUCCUCUGGCCCAUCCUGAUUCCUUUGCAUGUCACCGGAGGCGCAGGUAACCAGCAACUAGACCGUUUAACCCUCGGCAACGUCGUGAGUGCCCAAAAACUCUAUGCCCAUGCCUUGUUGGCCUGGGUCUAUUUCAUCUUCGUCCUGUACAUGAUUUCUCGAGAAUGUGUUUACUACAUCAAUCUUCGACAGGCCUAUCUCCUGUCGCCUUUCUACGCAAAUCGACUGUCUUCUCGAACUGUACUUUACAUGAAUGUCCCUCGUCAGUAUCUCGACGAAGAACGUCUUCGGUGGAUCCUUGGAAAGUCCGUGAAGAGGAUUUGGAUUCCUCAAAACACGGAUGAACUUGAAAGGCUGGUCAAGGAAAGAGAACAAACGGCCAUGCGCCUUGAAAAGGCUGAAUUCGCACUCAUCAAAAUGGCCAAUGCUGCGAGGAACAAGAUGCUCACGGACCAAAAGACCGAGUGCAAGGAGGAGUUGUCCCAUUCCUCGCCUCGACUCGAACACGAUUCGGACGAGGCAGAAGGAGAAAUCACGCCAGUAUCGGAGAGGGACGCCAAAGGAUUGAACGUCUCCGAAGCUUCGAGCCCAUCAAAUAAGUCAGCGACCGCCACGGAAACGACUCUCCCCGACGUGAAUGGAUCAGUCGCAUCGCAAUGGUUAUCACACCGCUCGCGGCCGCAUCAUCGACCAAUUGCAAAUUAUGGACGCCGGGUCGACACGAUCAAAUGGACCCGGAGCCAGAUCAAGAAGCUCAAUUUUCGGAUCGCCAAAAUACGUCGACAGCAACUCUUCACACCCAAAACCAUGAUGCCUUCGGUGUUUGUGGAGUUUGAGACGCACACGGAUGCACAGAAUGCGUAUCAGACCUUGACUCAUCACCGUCCGUUACACAUGUCUGAGCGAUACCUGGGUGUCCGACCCUUCGAGAUUUUGUGGAAAUCGCUUUCGAUGUCUUGGUGGGAGACUAUCGUGCGGAGGUUCUUGAUCAAGGCGCUGAUCACCGCGAUGAUCAUUUUCUGGGCCAUUCCAUCAGCACUGGUCGGUACAAUUUCCAAUGUCGAAUCCCUGUCGGAAAAAGUCAGCUUCUUGAGCUGGAUCGGUGACCUCCCGAGCUCGGUUAAAGGGAUCUUGAGUGGAGUGGUUCCAGCUUUCGCAUUAUCCUUACUGAUGAGUAUUGUCCCGGGCAUCCUGAGAUACUGCGCCAGACUUGCGGGACUUCCCACAAUGACGAGGAUCGAGCUUUUUGUGCAACAUGCCUACUUUGCCUUCCAGGUCGUCCAAGUUUUCUUGAUCACGACCUUGACUUCGGCAGCGUCGGCCGCCGUGACCAAACUUCUGGAGGAUCCGACCACGGCAAAGGACCUCCUCUCACAAAAUCUACCCAAGGCGUCCAACUUCUAUCUCUCAUAUUUUCUCCUCCAAAGUUUAGCCAUUGGCGCUAGCAACCUUUUGCAAUUCUUCAGCCUGCUUCAAUUUCACGUUUUUCAAAAGUUUUCCAACGAUCCCCGGAGGAGAUAUACAAAAUGGCACCGUCUGCAGCGAAUCCAUUGGGGUGCAGUAUUCCCCGUUUAUUCGAACUUGGGGGUCAUCACUAUUAGCUACGCCCUCAUAGCACCCAUCAUUUUGGGAUUUGCAGCCGUGGGCGUGGCUUUCCUCCAUCUUGUGUACAGAUACAACUUAAUUUAUGUCUAUGACUCGGAAAUCGAUACCCGAGGCCUUGUCUACCCCCGAGCGCUGAUGCACAUGCUCGUGGGCUUGUAUUUUUCAGAGAUCUGUAUGAUUGGACUCUUCUCACUGAGGGGCGCUUUUGUUCCGGUUGUUCUGACGGCCAUUUUGUUGAUUCUCACCGCGUUGGUACACACUUCCCUGCUGGACGCCCUUGGGCCUCUCCUUUGGAGCCUCCCAAAGAGUUUGACUGUCGAAGAAGAUCAGCACCUGUUAGGGACCUGUCCGUCGCAACCUCGUGCGAUGGCGGCAGAAGAUCUCGAGCGUUUUGGACAGGAGUAUGAAUUCGAGCAAGACUCGGAUGAACACAUACCUGGUGACAGCAGGGCCCUGGAAGGCGCGAGUGGAUCCCUGAAUGCUCUAGGAGGUGGCCUGAAGUCGAUAGUGAAGAAGAAAGUCAAGAAGGAUCUUCCCGAGGUCAAUGUUGGUUUGAAUGCCCUCGGAUCCUUCUGGAUGCGAUGGAUCUCCCCCGAUCCUACGACAAAACCAAACUUCCUUCUGAGAUGGCUGCACCCAGAGGUGUACUCAGACUACACUGUUUUGCGUCGGAUGGUGCCUUCAGAUCUACCGGAUCCGGUAUAUCCAGAGGAUGUCGAGCGUGAUAUCUACUAUCCACCCUCUUUUCUGGCGAAACCUCCUUGUCUGUGGAUUCCUCGAGACCCUGCCGGAGUCAGUCGACAAGAGGUGGAACAUUGCAGGAAAGUCAUUCCGACCACGGAUGAACAUGUGAGCAUGGACGAAAAAGGCCGGAUGAAGAUCAAUCUGGAGGAAAGUCGACUUGUUUUUGACGUUGAUCGAUUACGAUACUGA